ACUCAACAGCAAAUCCGCCUGCAGAGUGUUUAGAGAUCAGAUACUUUCACACGCUGAGCUCAACUCUUCCCCAGCGCAUAUGAACCGAUCUGAAAGCUCUACGCGUUACUUACUGUAAAGACUGGUUUAGAGUCUAUCCGGAAACUUAUCGCCAUCUCCCUUCCGAUAUCAUUAGCGCGGAUCGUUCUGGCACGGAGAUUUAUCAUAUUUAAAAAAAACAUCUGGGAUUUGGAGAUGUUGUGGGUUUUUAAGAAGAUUCUUUCGACUGACGUUUUAACUUCAUCUGGAUCUGAAAGAAAGUUUCACUUCUGAUUUCGUGCCGUCAAGUUACUCCUAUAAACUUUAUUACGGACUUAAUUGUUGACUUAGUUGUUCAUACACGUUUAAACGUCAAUCAUGAUCGAGAUUGAGGUUCAAGUCUCGGUUUUUCGAUAGUUUCACUUUGUAAUAACGGUGUAGUUUUAAUCCAAGGAAAUGUAGUUGAUCGCGUGUUAUUAGCUGAGAACUGAGCUAAGCUGUUGAAUUAUUUAAGAUUUAGUGGAAUUGGCUGAGACGUUUAUAUAAGUCCUAUAUAUUUAUAUAAAAAUUUUAUGUAUUUUUUAUAAUUAAAACCGUAUUUGAGCGGUUUUUAACUUGUAAAUUGAUAUAUAAAUAUUAGAAGUUACCCAAAAGCCCUGGAAGUAGAAAGGACAUAGGAAGGGAUUGGGUUAGAUUGUAAAUAACAACCAUUUAAAAAACGAGAGUGCGAGAAUAUAGCCAUCUCCAGGAUUUCUACAAUGCGGGAUGCGCCUGGGAAUUUCAAUCUUCUACACAGGACUUGCUCUCUAGUGGUGCUGCUAUGUUUCCUUCACAUCUCUGUCACUGUCAUAUACUAUAUGAGAAAUUCGGAUUUAAGGCAAACCUUCGUACAAAAUCAGCAAAGCCCUCAGAUCCACAGGAAACUGGCCGAACAGAGAGUCACUACAGAGGAGUCACCACAGAGACUGCCAUCCGUGUCUAAUGUCACAGAGACCGAGAGAAAGCUGGAAACAUGCCCUGACAAUCCACCUCGAUUGGUGGGUCCGCUUCGGGUUGAGUUUUCUGACCCGGUCACCUUAGACCUGGUGAGGUCAGAGAACCAAGCGUUGCAGCCCGGUGGACGGUUUAAACCCACAGAAUGCAUCGCCCAGCAGAAGGUGGCAAUCAUCAUCCCCUUCAGGCACCGCGAUGAGCACCUGAAGUACUGGCUGUAUUAUCUACACCCCAUCCUACAGCGCCAGCAGCUGGACUAUGGCAUCUAUGUCAUCAAUCAGGACGGCGAGGAUACGUUCAACCGUGCCAAACUCCUCAACAUUGGUUACGCUGAGGCUCUGAAGGAGUAUGACUACGAUUGUUUUGUCUUCAGCGACGUGGACCUCAUUCCAAUGGAUGACCGCAACUUCUACAAGUGCUAUAAUCAGCCCAGGCAUCUGUCUGUGUCUAUGGACAAGUUUGGAUUCAGGUUGCCAUACGCACAGUACUUUGGUGGCGUGUCAUCCCUGAGCAAGGAACAGUAUCUGAAGAUCAACGGCUUUCCAAACAACUACUGGGGCUGGGGAGGAGAAGAUGAUGACAUAUUUAACAGGGUUUCCUCCAAAGGGAUGUCUAUAUCAAGGCCUGACGGAGUCAUUGGAAGAUGUAGGAUGAUCCGCCACGACCGAGACAAACAAAACGACCCCAAUCCACAGAGGUUUGACCGAAUAGCUCACACAAGGGAAACAAUGGCAAGCGAUGGGAUCAGUUCAUUAACAUACAACGUUGUUAACAUUGAGAAAGACCAGCUAUUCACCAAAAUCACAGUGGAUGUGGGAAAACCAUGAUUCCUGCGUACAGACCAACAUAAAACUGAGUGAAACCGCAGCGCUGACUGUCGAAAAACCAAAUGUGCCUUGAUAUAUCUAGGUCAAAUGGAUAAUUUACAAAGUGGAUUCUAUAUUUUUCAAAAAAGACUUGUAAGUACUUAGAAAUGUUUUGCCAUCUUUGCACAUGUGAUGGUGAACACAGGGGUCUGGACUCCUUUUGCCCAGUGAAUCAGAACUGUUCGGCUGCUAAAGGAGACACACAAGGGUUUCAGGUUGUCCUCGAGGCGACGGGCCAACCUUGUUCUGUUUCAGACACUUCUGCUGAGGAAAAAGAUUAUAUUAUAAGCCAUUCGAUGGAAGCAGCAUAUUAAAAGUGAUCUAAAUUGUUGAUGAAAAUGUCCUUGUGGUGGGACAAUGUAUGUGAGUUGCUGUGUAUGGGAUUAUUUAGUUUGUGUGUUUGAAAGCGAAUAUUUAAAGGAUCGAUUUUGUUAAUCAGCAAGCUAAGCAAUGCAAAAAAUCGGGGAUUUACCAAUCAAGGGCUAAUCAUAUACCAGCAAACUGGCAUUUUUGGGCUGUCACAUUUUUGUUUACUUUUAUUACGUAUUGCAUCUCAUUAUCUUGUUGCUGUACCAGGUUAUUUGUACUUUCAGAGCCUUUUAAAUGAUAUCUCUCUUUGUUAGGGGCAAGAUGUCUGAAUGUAUUGGCCUGCAUGGUUUUUAUUCUCAAGUGCUUGAUGCGUAUCGGACCAUUAUUAUGUUUGCUGGAACACCAAAGUGGCAGCCUUGCAUCUUAAAAGACAUUAAUUUCCUCCCUUCCGUUUGGUGCAUUAUCUUUGCUGUAUUUGAUUUUUUUUGAUUGCAAAUCUAUCCCGUCAAAUGCAGCAUUAUCAGGUCAAGCUUUUGGAUUUGCUCGGUCCUUUAUUGCAUUGAGAAUUUCUCAGAUCUAUGCUGGUUAUUAAGGGCACAAGAAUAUUCAAGCUGUCUACUGUAAUGAAAACAUGAAGCCAUUGAGAACUUUGCUGAAUUGACCUGUUGAUACUUGUUUUUGGUUUUUUUUGUGCUGGUCUCCUCUUAAAUUCUUUUGAACAAAGAAAACAGGAUUUUUUUAUUUUAAAACCUGUCAUUGUGGAAACCAAAAAUGCCUUUCAACUCUGUCAGGGGACGAAAUGCAGAUGAAGCAAAUGAAUGUAUGUCAGCUGUUUUGCUCAAGUGCUUUUCAAGAUGGCGACUAACAACCCGUACACAAUGUACAGAAUGUUUAAGUUAUGCAGCCAAAUUUUUUCCCUCUGUGCCGAGCACCCCAAAAGACCCAUAGAAUUUCUUUCCAGCUUAAAAAGUCUCCAAUGCCUUAUAAAAAGUCCUUUGCAUCAGGAAAGAAAACUACCUCUCCACAUGGCAC